AUGAAGGUCUCACUCAACGCCGUGGCCUUGGGCUUCGUGUCUUUACCUAGGGUCAUCGCCUGGGGCAGUCUGGGCCACAUCACGACAGCUUACCUCGCGGGCCACUUCGUAUCUAACUCAACCGAGGCAUACUUCAAAGAGCUCCUAAGCAACAACGACGACGACUACCUUGCCAAAGUCGCUCUAUGGGCCGAUUCCAUCAAGCACACCAAAUGGGGGCACUUCACAGAGACGUUCCAUUUCAUCGAUGCCCACGAUAAUCCGCCCCUAUCAUGCAACGUCGAUUUUGCUCGCGACUGCAAGAAAACGGGCUGCGUUAUUAACGCCUUGGCCAACUAUACGGAGCAGUUCCUCGACCACUUACUGCCGGUAUGGCGCCGUGUGGAGGCCGCAAAGUUCAUCGUCCACUUCGUCGGCGACCUACACCAGCCGCUGCACAACGAGGACGUGGCCAGGGGCGGCAAUGAUAUCUUUGUGAAGUGGGAUACCAGGGAGUUCAACUUGCACCAUAUAUGGGAUAGUUCUAUUGCUGAGAAGUGGAUUGGGGGCUUGCGCGGGAAGCCGGAUCAUCUAGCCCAGAAGUGGGCGAACCAACUAGCUAUUGAAAUUACUGAUGGCAAGUUUACGGCCGAUAAGGAGACAUGGCUAAAGGACUUUGAUUUAAACAAGCCCAACGGGACUGCCAUGGCCUGGUCAAGAGAAGCCAACGCACUCGUGUGCACUCAUGUCUUACCCCAGGGCCCUCAGGUAAUUGUCGGCAAGGAACUUAGCGGCGACUACUUCAGCAAGGCCGGUCCGAUCGUCGAGAAGCAAGUCGCCCGUGCCGGAUUCCGGAUGGCAGCGUGGCUAGAUAGCAUCGCCAACGAGUUUCAGAUGAGGAAGGAUAGCGACCAGAUGGCCGAAGAACUGUAG